AUGUUUUCCAGAGGAACAUUUCCACCCUGGCACGGUGGCGGUCAAGGGAGUCAAGGUCUCGAAAGUGGUCGAGGACGCGGAGGAUUGGACGUCUCACGCGGCGGUUAUUUCGGCAGGGGUCGAGAUGGAGGAGUCAAGGCUGUCAUCUCUGAUCAAGAACAGGACGAGAUAUUAUCCGCUCGCCCCAACACCAUGCAUCUCUCCAGUGAAGGAACUGACGACCUCAUUGUUCCGUCUCCCUCUGGUGGCCAGAUCGACCUCGCUAUGCAGGUCCUCCAACAGGGCGACCUCGAUGACCUUCAGUCUUCCCUCCAGAUUCGCAUAUUCCUGCAGUCAUGUCUCCUCAACAUGUCGAACCACCACUCUGUCGAUACUUCUGCGGUUCUCUACAACCUGGCAUCGGAGAACGGUCUUGCCAAGCUACGCCACAUUAUGCUACAUCCCGAACCUGUUCAAGACGGUGGAGAUGUUACCUCGUCCAUCGCGACCUUUCAGACCAUUACCCUGCCAUUGGUUGGUGUCCUGACACGCCAGAGCUUGUGCCAGAUGACCUUGACACGCGAGUCCAGUCGCGUGUUUGGACUGGUCCAUGAGCUCCGCCAUCCAUUCUUGAAGCUGCGCGUCCAGUCCUUCAUGAACUCUCUGUUGGACCGAGACUUGGCCAAAAUGUCCUCGAGUGCUUUUCCUCUCCACCCACAGCACUUAGUACAUGAGUACCCAUCGCAUCAGCAUAAUCAACGCCACUCCGAAGACACUUUUGGGGGUAUGGCGCCCUCGCAUUGCGCACUGUUGGCUAUCAUUCGUCUGAUAUAUCAGUUGAUGAUGCGAUUCCCUGACUCAACCUCAGGAAUCGCAACCCACGUUAACGACCUCGCCGGACUUGUCGAUCGGUGUUGCCAGCAGUCGGAGACAGGAAACGCCAGACAGGUGUUCUUGAACUCAACCCUCUCCAUGGAGAUGGCUCGGCUUUCCACGAUUGUCCAGAACAACAUCCAUGAUCACAUAGUCUCACGAGAACAGCGCUUGCAGGCCACACCACUCAACCUACCUUUCCAGCCCGUUGAUGGUCCAGGUGAGCUCGCUCUCCAUGGCCCUCGCAACGACAAUGACCACGCCAUGAUCAGCAAGAUCUCUAUAUGCCCGACAAGGGAGGAAAUCCUCAGCAGCUCGGAGCCGUUCCUUCCUCUCAACGACAACGUGGAACCAUCUACUCAUUUUUUGCCCCUUGGUUGGUCUAGACAUCUCGAUGUUCACUAUCGCCUUUAUCGACAAGACAUGAUCGAGCCACUCAGGGUCGGCAUCCGGGCUUUCGUCGAUCUACUGGAGAGAACAGACGAGCGCAGCGAUCAGGACUUUGUCGAUCCAAAUGUAUUCAGAAGACUCAUCAAGGACAACAUCAGCCUGAGCGUUUACAGGAACGUCAAAUUCCUGGACGUCACCAUUUCUGGAUUCAAUGUUGGUUUGACCAAGAUCUCCUUCGACCAACCAUCAAAAGCUCAAGGUCUGAACCAUGACGAUCGCAAGGAGUUUUGGGAGCUGUCUCGAGGUCGGUUAAUGGAGGGUAAUCUUGUCUGUUUCGUAAGACGGUCCAAAGAUCAUUUCGGUGAGGAUUGUCAUCGUCAACAGGUUGUGUUAGCGGUGAUUCAGCAACGAGGUGGCGACGGACUGUUCGAGUCGGAACAAACUGCUCACAUCCAAGUCUCCCUGACGGAAUCCGCAUCGUAUUCGAUGGUCUUUGCACCGGCGCAGCCCUACUCUCCGCAUGACGAGCAGUGGUUCAUGAUCGAGUUUCCCGGAUCUUUUUUCGAGGGUCACAGGACAACACUGAGAACACUCAGAGACUCUCGGCCGUCAGUACUCCCAUUCGGCAAGUACAUUGCGCCCACGGAUGAGGAUAUUUCCCGGUUCCGUCGACGUUCAGCUCCUGGUGUGAUUGACCCACCCGUCUACACAACCAUGCCUGGAUUCAAGUUUGAUUUGUCGGUGCUGCUAGAGAACGGUGGCCUUUGUACGCUCGAUGUCAGAGACCCUCAGUCGGUCGAUCAAGCGGUAACAGUGCUGAGAGAAUGUAGCUCCUUGGAUAAUGCACAAGCUCUGGCACUGGUCGAGACCCUUGGAAGGGAGGUUGCCCUAAUCAGCGGUCCACCUGGAACUGGCAAGACCAAAGUCGGAGUCGACUUGAUAAAGGUUCUUCUUCACAACAAAGAAGCUAUGAACUGCGGCCCUAUCCUUGUUGUUAGCUAUACCAACCACGCCCUGGACCAUUUUUUGGAGCAUCUUCUCGAUCAAGGAGUUACAAGAAUUGUUCGUGUCGGCUCCCAAUCCAAGUCGCAGCGGCUUCAGGAAUACAGCCUCAAGUCAAUACUGAUCAAUUCUACGAAGCCCUGUGCAGCCAGACGUGUUCUUGCUGAGAAUUUUGCUACAUCUAAGCAGACUGCCGUGUCUAUUCGCGAUCUGACUCUGGUGCUGAAGUCUGGCUACUUUGACUGGAAGCACGUGAAGGAACAUCUCAGGCAUAAGAACCCUGCACAGUGUCGUCAGUUCGAAGACUCGGCACCCACUCAUGUCGCCUCGGAAGGUGGCGUGAGCAUGAUGCAUCUGCGUAGACACUUGACUGGUGAUGUUGCGUACGAGCGAUGGGCCACUGGCAAGGAUCUGGACGAGAAGUGUGUUUGGAACUGCCAUCCUGACAAGAAGGACAAGGAGGAGGCAUGGCCAACAGUCACCUCUGCGGCUCUUGGCGAUGUUGCUCCUGAGAUUGCUGUAACUCCUGGCUACGACAUACUGGUGUCUGACCGCCCGAUCCUUUUGCUCGGCGGAGAUGUGUGGAGUAUGUCGAUGCAAGAGAGACGCCGUUUGAUAGCAUACUGGAGGCCCGAUAUCAUCCGAUCCAUUGAGCAGGAGCUGGAAAGGCACCAUCGAGAUCUAAGGUCGGAGGAAGAGAUCAAGCUAAACAGUCUUGACGAGGCGCGGCGAUUGAUCCUCUCUGGCAUGGACGUCAUUGGCAUUACAACUUGCGGCUCGGCCAAGUUUCAUACCUUGCUGGAGUCGGUGGCACCAAAGGUCAUACUCUGCGAGGAGGCUGGAGAAGUCGUGGAGUCACAGAUAUUGACAGCGCUAUCUCCGGUGACCCAGCAUCUCAUUCUCAUUGGCGAUCACCUCCAGCUCCGUCCUCACGUUCAAACCUACAGCCUUUGCUCGGAGUCGUCAGCUGGCCAAAGGUAUAACCUGAACAGAUCCCUUUUCGAACGACUGGUCACAUCAGAGGUCAAUCAGCUGCCUGUGUCCCCCCUGACUAUCCAACAACGAAUGCGGCCAGAGAUCUCAAGCCUCAUCAAGAACACCCUCUACCCUACCCUCGAGGACGGCGGCCCUGUUCACCUGUAUCCUGAUGUCGGAGGUAUUAGUACCAACCUAUUCUUCAUGGAUCACAGUAACCCCGAGGAUAGAAUGUAUCCGUAUGGCCUGCAGUCGUUCUCCAACUCAUUCGAAGUCGAGAUGAUUGAAGCCCUGGCCCUGCACUUCAUUAAGAACGGAUACGACCUGCCCGGAGACAUUGUGGUCCUGACGCCGUACCUUGGUCAGCUUGCCAAGAUUCGUAACCAUCUCGAAGAUCGGUUUGUGGUUCUAGCGGACAAGCGUGACGAAGAGCGACUUUAUUCAGGUGGUGCUGAGGGCGUGUAUGAGGCGCCUCAAGUAAUUAACUCACGGACAGAUGCUCAAGAGAUCCAGGAUACAGUUCGCAAUCACAUCAUGAUCUGCUCCAUUGAUAACUACCAGGGCGAGGAGGCAAAGAUUGUCCUGAUCUCUCUCGUGCGAAGCGAGACUGAUUAUGAUGAUAGGGAGUUGUUCGGCUCGAUCGGUUUCCUCAAAAACCCUAAUCGCGCCAACGUACUGUUGUCUCGAGCGCAACAUGGGAUGUUCCUCAUUGGCAAUGCAAGAGUCAUGGAUCAACCUGAACAUGGAAUCUGGCCGGCUGUAAUGAAAGAGCUUCAGCAAUCGGGUCGCGUCGGCCAGGGGUUCCCCAUUUUCUGCAAGAAUCACCCAGAGACAAAGAGGAUCGUUUGCAGCGCUAAGGAUUUUCGAGCAGCAGCACCAGAUGGAGGUGUCCGUCGAUUCUGGAUUGUGAUCACCCCUGCGGCUCGAUCUGUCAUGGUCCCAAUCCCUGUGCCCCUUGCACGGAGGAAUGCACAAUAUCCUGUGCCCACACCAAUUGCAACCAUGACUGCCAGAGCCUGUGCCAGCCCUGCCGCUUGGACUGUGUUUGGCAGUGUGAGCAUAGUGGCAGAUGUACUCUGCCAUGCGCAGCUCCCUGUGAUCGGCUGCCUUGCAACGAGCGAUGUGACAAGAACCUCUCCUGUGGGCACCAGUGCCCUUCUGUCUGCGUGCUCUGAGACAGUCAUCGAGACUCUGGUCUUUGACAGAUGCGAGACCAUUCGACUCGAUGAGGUGGACGUAGACAGAAAUCCUCUGAUGGUGCCACCCUGUGGUCACGCUUUGACCUUGUCGACAUUGGAUGACUUGAUGGAUCUUGGCCGUUACUACCAGGAACAUAAGGGUGAGUUGUCUGGAUCUGUAUCGUAUGCUGGUCUCAAAGAACUGCCUGGUGUUCCGAACGGCGAGGUUGUUUGUUCAGAAUGCGCCCAGCCCAUUGGCGCAUUGUUUCUCCGGUACGGCCGAUCCGUCAAGCACACUCAGCUUCUUCAUCUGAUGGAGAGGUUCCACAAGAAGCAAAUGGCCGACAACAACCAACACUGUGCAAAAGUGACCGAGUCGUUUGCCAGAGCAAAGGGCGCUUUGUUUCAGAGUCUGAGCAAGGCCAAGGCUUCUCCUCGCCCAGUUUCGACGCGAUCGAUUGACAGGAGAGUCACGGUGCAGGAUGGAGUUUUGGUUGGUGAUCUGGGCGAGGUUGCGUCCUUGUACCUUAUUCCCUGGAGACAUCAGUUAAUUUGGAAGGAGGCCAUCAAACCAGCUGAGGAUGCGCUGGCGUUCUUUGGACGGUCUCUGGUCGAGCGGUCGCCCAUAAUGGAUCUCAUGGCUCUUUUGGUCCGAAAGUCGUCGCCUCUCAGCCAAGGUUCGCAGUGGUCGCAACGCAGGAAUGCACCUGCUAUCCCUCCCCAAAGUCCACCUUUCUCUCCAUCUGACAAGGAACUGUUUCAGGCGAUCCGGACACUGGGCCUCGAAGAUGCCGUUAGAGCAGACGAAGAUGUCACGCUUUAUGACGUUGGGUCCUCCUCUUUGAUCCUAUCAAGUAUUUUUGCUCUGGCUGUGGAGGCGAUGGAUGCGGCAGGAGUCGAGUCAGGCUGGUACUGGUUUGUCGGGGAUCUUAUUGACUGCUGCCAUCUUUACAGCUUGCAGUACAAGAAGAUGGCGCUCGAUUGUGGCGACACUAGCGCAGCCUCAAUUGCCAGCAAAAUGAUUUUGGAGGGGCUCAUUCGAAAGGUACACUGGAUGAAAGAGAGAUCCCUUGGCGGUACGGAAUCGACGAAGGAAUACACGAAAGCUCUCCGGGAACUCGAGCGGGUGUUCCGUGCUGAAUCGAGCGAACGGUGUGGCGAAGAUCUCGGAGGAGCAUAUGAUUGGGCCCUGGCUGGACUGGAGGAGAAAGUGAUGGCAUUGUUGCAGGUGACGACACUGCAGCGCGAGGAGUAG